AUGGCUGUGGCACGCAAAAUCAAAACUUUGCUGACCGUCAACAUUCUGGUGUUCGUGGGGAUUAUCCUGUUCUCGGUCUACUGCAGGAUCCAGGACCGAUCCGAGGAGCUCAUCCAGAUAGGGCGUGUGUCUGACCAGAGGCUGCGAGCCAGGAAUGGCAAAGUUUCCAACUUGGUGGACAGGCAGUCUAUUCUCCAGCGGCUGGAGAGGCUGGAGGAUGUGGUCUACAACCAGUUAAACGGUUUGGCGAAGCCCAUAGGUCUAGUUGAGGGACCCGGAGGCCUUGGCCAGGGAGCUGCUGCCACUCUGGGAGAGGACAGUCAUGAUGUGGAGGGGAAAUAUGAGGAGUACGGCUACAACGCUCAGCUCAGUGACCGUAUCUCCCUGGACAGAAGCAUCCCAGACUACAGGCCUAAAAAGUGUAAGCAGUUGACGUAUCCAGAGGACCUUCCUCAGAUCUCUGUGGUCUUCAUCUUCGUGAACGAGGCGCUGUCAGUGAUCCUGCGCUCCGUCCACAGUGUUGUCAACCACACACCAGCACAUGUGCUCAAGGAGAUCAUCCUGGUGGACGACAACAGUGACAGUGUGGAGCUGAAAUUCAACUUGGACCAGUAUGUGAACAAACGCUACCCGGGCCUGGUAAAGAUUGUGAGGAACAGCAAGCGGGAGGGCCUGAUCCGAGCCAGAAUACACGGCUGGAACGCGGCCACAGCUCCUGUCGUUGGGUUCUUUGAUGCCCACGUCGAGUUCAACACUGGCUGGGCUGAACCUAUUCUGACCCGAAUGAAGGAGGAUCACACCCGCAUCAUCCUGCCCGCCAUAGACAACAUCAAGUACAACACGUUUGAGGUGCAGCAGUACGCCAACGCCGCCCAUGGCUACAACUGGGGGCUGUGGUGUAUGUACAUCAUCCCACCACAGGAGUGGCUGGACAAGGGCGAUGAGACAGCCCCUAUCAGAACUCCAGCCAUGAUUGGAUGCUCCUUUGUGGUUGAUCGGGAAUACUUUGGUGAUAUUGGUCUGCUGGAUCCUGGAAUGGAGGUCUACGGAGGCGAGAACAUCGAGCUUGGCAUGCGGGUGUGGCAGUGUGGAGGGAGUAUGGAAGUCCUGCCAUGUGCCAGAGUGGCUCACAUCGAGCGCACCAAGAAGCCCUACAACAAUGACAUAGAUUACUACGCUAAGCGCAAUGCCCUGAGGGCCGCUGAGGUGUGGAUGGAUGAAUACAAAUCCCACGUCUACAUGGCCUGGAACAUUCCCAUGAACAACCCUGGGGUUGAUUUCGGGGAUGUCUCGGAGCGCUUGGCCUUAAGAAAAAGGCUGCAAUGUCGGAGUUUUCGCUGGUACCUUGAACACGUCUACCCAGAGAUGCGGAUCUACAACAACACCAUCACAUACGGCGAGGUGAGGAACAGCAAAGCUAGCGGCUACUGCCUGGACCAGGGCUCUGAGGACGACGACAAAGCCAUCCUCUACCCGUGCCACGGCAUGUCCUCGCAGCUUGCCCGCUACGCUACUGAGGGGCUUCUCCAGCUAGGACCCCUGGGGUCGACCACCUUCCUGCCUGACACAAAAUGCCUCGUUGACGAUGGCAGAGGACGAACUCCAAGACUGAAAAAAUGUGACGUUGUUGCAAGGAGUUCCCAGAGGCUUUGGGACUUUACACAGAACGGCCCAAUCAUCAGCAGGGACACCGGUCGAUGCUUGGAGGUUGAAAUGUCCAAGGAUGCCAACUUUGGCCUUCGCCUGGUGGUCCAGAGAUGCUCCGGUCAGAAGUGGAUGAUACGAAACUGGAUUAAGCAUCCUAGGCAUUGAAGGCCAGGGAACAACCUCUGAGACAGUUUGGGCAGUGUUUCAAGUCCCAGUUGGAUCUAAAAAUGUGGACUUUUCAGAGAGGAGCGGGGACUAGUGGUGCUAGUGUGGUAUUUCACACUAUACAGACUGCACAGCACACUGAGCUCCUCUACAGCCACAGAGCUUUCCAACAUUAAGUCUUAAAGGAAGAAUCUGAUCAAUUCAUGUGUUGCACUGAGCUGCAGGUUCACAGAGACCUUAUGGCAAACUGCAUUGCUUGAAAUGGCCCACAUUUCUGAUAUUCUGCUUCAUGUACAGAACUGAGUAACAAAACACCUGAGUGCAGCCCCUAAAGGUGGUUCAAGAACCAAGAAAUUAUUUUGUUUCUACUGUAAAACUAAUUAAUCUUUGGAGAUGAG